GAUAAAAUCCAAAAAUAAAGAAAAUCUAAAAUCCAAAAUCCAAAAAUAGAAAGCAAAUAAAAUAGAUGAUGAGCAUAACCCUUUUGUGAACAUAUUCAUUCAUUGGUCUUCAUAUCUCAAUAGACAUACAACACAGCUGGAAAUAAGGUCAACACCUCCAGGGUAGGUGCAGAAAAACAACUGUGAAUUGACUUUCAUUACGAAAUGAAAUUUUAACCCAACAGUUUGUUAUGCACUGAUAAAGAUAUAUUCCACGAAAAAAAUUAUUACAUUCGUCUUUAUGUCUCAAAAGUAGGACGUGAGGUCAUUACCUCCCGUUUACUAUUGCAUCAAAAGAGAAAAAGACAAGUUUUCAAUGUCUUUUCGUUCCCUUGCUUCAAGCUGCUUCAGGUUGCAUUAAUUUACAUUUGAAUGACAAAGAAAAACCUAGAGAAAGACGAACAUUGGCUAAAGAUAGAUGUUCAAAGCCAGUUCUUGUUCUAUCAGGAAAAAUCCUGUAUGACAUUAUAAUCAUGAUGCUGAAGAGGUCUAACRACAAGAGGAAGAUAUCAAAGAGGCACUGCUUCUCCCACAAACAAGACAGUUGUCGAGUUAAGUUCUGCUUACCUUGAUUAAGAUGAGUCAGGUUCCUCAAGCAUCGUGUAAGGCUGUGUUGUUGGUGUUAGCUGUUCUUCUUGUAGCAGGUCGUGCUGCGGAGACAAGUGAGAUACAAGACGAAGGUCAGAUGGAGAAAAGAGUUCGAGGACAGAAUCAAACGGACAUGAUGACACUGUUGAAGACUUUGCAAGCAAGAUUGGAACAACUGGAAGCAAAAAGGAUCGUCUGCCUUCGAGGUAGAGAUGGUCGCGAUGGAGUGCCAGGACUGCCAGGUGCGCAUGGUGUAAGAGGCAGGCCGGGAAGGAAUGGACAACUAGGCCCAAGAGGACCCAGAGGUUAUCGUGGACCAGGAGGAGUGGUGUACGUACGAUGGGGAAGAACCACGUGUCCUUGGGGUGCUACUCUUGUCUACAAAG